AUGCCGCGGCCAGGGAAGAGCUCGUACAGCGACCAGAAGCCGCCCUACUCCUACAUCUCCCUGACGGCCAUGGCCAUCCAGCACUCGGCCGAGAAGAUGCUGCCGCUGAGCGACAUCUACAAGUUCAUCAUGGAGCGGUUCCCCUACUACCGGGAGCACACGCAGCGCUGGCAAAACUCCCUCCGCCACAACCUCUCCUUCAACGACUGCUUCAUCAAGAUCCCGCGCCGCCCCGACCAGCCGGGCAAGGGCAGCUUCUGGGCGCUGCACCCGGACUGCGGGGACAUGUUCGAAAACGGCAGCUUCCUGCGCCGCCGCAAGCGCUUCAAGGUCCUGCGGCCCGAGCACCACCUGCCCGGCGGCGGCCCCGGCGGCCCCGGCAAGGCCCCGGCGCCCGCCCCGCACCUCGUGCACUACUUCCACCCGCCGCCGCCGCCGCCGCCGCCGCCCCCCCCGGGCAAGGUGCCGGCGAUGGCGGGCUCCGAGGCCGCCGUGGCCGCCGCCGCCGCCGCCGCCGCCGCCGUGGCCGUGGGGCGGCUGCCGCAGUUCUCGCCCUACGGCGGCAGCCAGCCCUCGGGCUUCAAGCACCCCUUCGCCAUCGAGAAUAUCAUCGGCAGGGAGUACAAGGGCGUGCUGCAGGCCGGCGGGCUGCCGCUGGCCUCCGUGAUGCACCACCUGGGCUACCCCGUGCCCGGUCAGCUCAGCGGCGUCGUGGGCUCCGUGUGGCCGCACGUGGGCGUCGUGGACUCGGUGCCCGUGUCCCCCGACUACGGAGCCUUCGGGGUGCCCGUGAAGGCGCUCUGCCACCCGCCGGCACAGACCAUGCCCGCCGUCCCGGUGCCCAUCAAGCCGGCGCCGGCGGUGCCCGCCGCCUCCGCCCUGCCCGCUCUCACCGUGGCCGCCUCGCAGAUCUGCCCCGCCGCCGCUCCGGGCCCCGCCGCGCUCCUGGAGCAGACCGCGAGCAGCCCCGCCGAGGGCAAGAGCUCCCUUCACUCCGUCCUGGUGCACUCCUAA